GAUCGAAAAUUAUUCAAGAGAAGAACAACGCAUGGGAAUCAAUUAUCAACGAACAUAGAAAUCUUAAAAUGUCACCAACAGUGACGGUGUCGUUCCAAAGAGAGCUGUCAACACUUCUUGAAAUUGGAAACGAUUUAAUAAAACUAAAUUGUAAUGGCAACAAUCAAGGUUGUAUAUCAUCCCAGUCAAGGCCAGUCAUCCUGGAGCUUCUUGUGUCCGUGGAUCUACCAGAGACUCCUGAUGAUGAGGAAGAACCUUUACUCAGUGGACUGGACUUCUUGCCGGAUGGUAGAUUGGUAGCCGUGGAUAACAAAAAUAAGAAAAUGAUCAUACUGAAUGAGCGGCUGCAGAGGGUAGGAACACCGUAUAAGUUCAAGACAAACCCAAGAGACGUGUUAUAUCUUCCUCAUAAUGAACUUGCUGUUACACGAGGUGGGAAUAAUGUCUCUUUCCUGUCCGUGAUUUCUGACAAUGUCACACGGCUAAAAAGGGAGAUCAACACACCAUUCGAUGCUUACUAUAUAUGCUGUAAGUCUCCAUCUAACAUGGUUGUGAGUACGUUCAAUGAUUCCCGCCCUGUAAGAAUGAUCACAGUGGAUUGUGUGGAGUCUGAAUUUGAUCAAGUGAAGUUUCCAAAAAACACGUACAAAAAGGGUGAGAGUAGUUGCACGUAUGUCCAGUCAAAGAACACGUUGGUCCUUACUGACAGGCUCGCUCACACAGUGUUCAUAUAUGAUACAUUUAAGGGCACGUCCAGAGCAGUCACUGGUGAGACCAUAAAGGAACCUCGUGGUGCAUGUGUAGGGCCUGGUGAGACGGUUCUGGUGUGCAGUAAGAAAAAAAACUCCAUUGUGCACUUGACAGUGGACGGUGCCAUACUUGGUACCUACCCAGUGGAUAUGGAGUUGCCGUACAGCAUAUGUGUGUCUAAGGAUGGCACUAGGCUGGCAGUGUCCAACGUAUUUGUAGGCAACAGGAAACUUCAGUUGUAUAAGAUAUCACCGGCACAUAGUUAGGUAACCAAUCGGAUAUUUUAAAUGUGGUCGAAUUUACUAUACAUGUUAAUAUUACACGUUUGUAGUUGUGGGUACUGAUGACGGACUGCUUUUAAUACAGAUCAAACCAAAUUGUUGCCGGUGAUAAGCGUGAAUAGAAACUCUCUAGCAAGUAUUGUGAAUUAGUUGAUGUAUUCUGCUUACAUCUAAAAAUAACCAAAUAAGUUUGCUUAAACAUUUGAGAGGUUCAUUCAUUAUCUAUGGUAAUAAUAGUUUUACUACCAUUACAUGUUUUUGAAAUGGUUUGUACUAAUAAUAAAUCAUACAAUAUCAUUAGAAUAAAUGAAAUAGGAUUAGCAUAAAUAAAUGCCAACAUGUACAUUGAUGUAUAAUUAAAUAGAGUAUACAUGUAAUUGUAUAUACUAUGUUAUACUUCUCAUAUGCAUGUAUGGGAUAUUUUUCUUGCGCUCUUCGGAGACUUCUCGUAUGCUCACGCAGACAGUAUUCCAAUUAUGGUCAUUAUGAAUUCACGUGUUCUUUACCGGAGUAAUCUAUUUCAGGAACUAACGACAGGAACACAGUGAAAUCUCAUUUACAGAUUGUAUCUAUAAUAUGUGCAAUGAGCCCAGAUAAAUAAUAAAUAUUACAUACAAAACUUAAGCAAAACACUCGCAAGCUACUGUGAAUCCAAUGAUUUUGAGCGUCAUACAGGAUACAUAUAUCUUUCACAUGUUUGGCUGGCUAAUCCUUGUAUGCCAUUAACCAAAAUCAGUAACGCGGUAAAUAUGGAUCUCAGUUUCACUCGUAUAUCGAUAAUGUAAUCAUAUAAACAUAUUAAAUUUACGUUAAGUCCUGUUCAGUUGUUCACAAAUACUUAUCAACUAUGACAUGUUUUAGUUUCGAAAGAAGUUGGAAUAAACACAGAUUAAUGGUUUAAUUUUUUGGUAUAUUGCCAUAUUGUGUAUUCUGUUAGAAAGUCAUAUUUUAAAAGAUUGAUUUAUUGUCAUAUUCUAAAUUACUGUACGAUCAUCAAAUUUUGGGUGACCUUUAGAUAUUCAUAUUUGGACGACUGCUAGAAUGUCAUAUUUUUGACGAUUUUUGCUUUCAAAUACUUAGAAAGAUUGUUGGGUUAAAGCUUAAUUAUCAUAUUUUGGAUAAAAUUUAAAUAAUUAAAUUUUAGAUAACAUUUGAUUAAUCAUUGUCUGUAUAAUAUUUGAUUUAUCAUAUUUUGGAUAACAUUUGAAUUAUCAUAUUUUGGAGAACAUUUAAAUAAAUGUCAUAUUUUGGAUUACAUUUGAUUUAUUAUAUUUUGAAUAAUAUUUGAAUUAUUAUCAUAUUUUGGAUAACAUUUGAAUUGUAAUAUUUUGGAUAACAUUUGAAUUAUCAUAUUUUGGAUGACUUUUGGAUUCUCAUAUUUUGGAUAACAUUUGGAUUAUUAUAUUUUGGAUAUUAU